CGUCCAGCCCCAUCAUCACCCCAUUAUCACAACCUGGAAAACAAAUAAUGAAAAAAAGAAGAGAGAGAGAAAGAGAAGAGUCGUUCUUCUCCUUUCCUCUUUUUCCUUUUGUUCCCAGAUCCAAUGAAGACCUAGAAAUCAUCAACCCACAAUCCAAAAUUCCCUCAAAUUGAAACGGUUACCCCCAAAAUUCAAACUCUUCCAUUUCCAAUUCUAGGGUUUCAAAUUGUACACCCAAUCCUCUUUUUCCAAGAUAUCACUCAUUCACAACCCAGAUCUCCCCUAAAUUGAAACAAAACUCUUUCAUUGCUAAGGUUACAAAUUCAGUUCCCAACCCACUUACUUAUUCCACUUGUACAAUUAUAUAACUACUGCUAUUUUGAAACCCUAGGAAUUUGAAAAACCCUAAUUUUACCAAUGGCGACGAGGGGUAGCAGAUCAGAGAAGGUGAAGAGAAUAUUCCAGCAAUUCGACGCCAACAGAGACGGUGGUUUGAACAGAGAAGAAAUGGCCGCUUUGGUGGUCGCCGUAAACCCUAGAGUAAAGUUCAGCGAAGAGCAAAUCAACGCGAUUCUCGACGAGGUCUUCCGAACCUACGGUGAAUUUAUCGACGGCGAGAAGGGUCUCACCUUUGACGGCCUUCUACGCACCUACGACGACGGUGCUGGUGACGUGGACCGCGACUUUGAUGCCCUUGGACUUGAGCUCAACAAAGAUAAUGACAAUAAUAUCUCUAUGGCUUAUGAAGAGGCAUCGUCGUCGUCAAUUGCCGAUGAAAGAGUAGUUGAACCCCACAAGAAACAACGGACUGCGGCUUGGGCAACCUCGCCGAAUCAUGGGAUUGUUUUUGAUGAUACGUGGAAACUUGUUGAUGAUUUGGAGAUUCUGAUAAAAAGAUUGAAGGCGAAGCAGGUUAAAGACGGGAAGUUUAAGGGUGACAACGGCGAUGUGUUUUCCGACCCGGGGUGGUCGAGAGAAUUAGGACCAUCUGCGGAGAUUUCGGAUAAAAGGGUGGUUUGGGAUAUGUCUGGACAUGACUAUGCUGUGUUUGUGAAAGAAUUGGGUGUGUUGAGGUCAAGGGCCGAUGGGGCAAGGUCAAGAGAAGAAGCAUUUGAUGGGCACAUGGCGAUUGGUAGGGUUUUGUAUGAACAUCACUUGUUCAAGGAGGCUUUGGUGAGUUUUAAGAGGGCUUGUGAAUUGCAACCUACUGAUGUGAGGCCACAUUUUAGAGCCGGCAAUUGUUUGUAUGUUCUUGGAAAGCAUAGUGAGGCCAAAGAGGAGUUUUUGUUGGCAUUGGAGGCAGCUGAGGCGGGUGGGAAUCAAUGGGCCUAUUUUCUUCCUCAAAUUCAUGUCAAUUUGGGAAUUGCGCUUGAAGGAGAAGGUAUGCUUAUUAGUGCUUGCGAACAUUAUAGAGAGGCUGCAAUUUUAUGUCCUACUCAUUUUAGGGCUUUGAAACUUUUGGGUAGUGCUCUCUUUGGGGUGGGUGAGUAUAAGGCUGCCGUCAAGGCCUUAGAAGAAGCUAUAUAUAUGAAAAAUGAUUAUGCCGAUGCACAUUGUGAUUUGGCUUCUGCUUUGCAUGCUAUGGGUGAUGAUGAGAAUGCAAUUAAGGAAUUCCAGAAAGCUAUUGAUUUGAAGCCUGGUCAUGUAGAUGCUUUGUACAAUUUGGGUGGGCUUUACAUGGACAUGGGCAGGUACCAGAGAGCUUCUGAAAUGUAUUCCAGGGUUUUGGGUGUGUGCCCCAACCAUUGGCGAGCACAACUCAAUAAGGCAGUGUCUUUGUUAGGGGCUGGGGAAACUGAAGAAGCUAAGAAAGCUUUGAAGGAAGCUUUGAAGAUGACAAACAGGGUUGAGUUGCAUGAUGCCAUAUCGCAUUUGAAACAGCUUCAAAAGAAGAAAUUGAAGGGGAAUGGAGGCGGUAAUGGGGAGGAGGCUUUUAUCAUCGUUGAACCCUCAAAGUUCAAGACAGUGGGUGAAAAGACUACAAUCAGACAGGAAUUAGUGAAUGCCCUUGAUAUUAGGGCUUUUCAGAGGAUGACCAGGUUGAGUCGUUGUGAUGUUGAUCUUCUAAAGAAGGAGAUGAAUGAAAAUGAUGCACCGGUGUCCUAUUCUGGCAGUGGUGUACCUGAGAAGUCUAUAAGGAAGGCUCCAUUGGAGGUAAUACUGCACAAAUUACUUAAUUUCUUGAGACCAGAAACCUUUGUAGGGGCUGUUAAAGCUAUAAACCAGAAAAUCCUCUCUGUUUUGGAUGAAUCAGAGUCAGGUAGGGUGGAUUUGGGCAUGUUUUUUGCUAUUCUUGCUCCUGUAUGCGGUGGUACACCGGACAAGCGAAAGAGAGUUGCAUUUGAUGCACUCUUGUGGCGGCCUGCGAAUGAAGGUGGUACACAGAUAAGGAGAGCUGAUGCUUUGGUGUACAUCAAAUUGUUGAGGGCAAUAUAUAUUCCUUCUCAUGGGGUUAGUGAAAGACUGGAAAUCCAUGGAGAGGUGGAUACCUCAACGAUAUCUUUAACUGAGUUCCUUGUAAUGUUUGAUGAUCCAGAUUGGGGUUUUGGAAUCAUGUCUACCCUAUUGAAGCUUGAAACUGGUGAUAGAAAUCGUCAUGGCAGCCAUGCUUGUGCCAUUUGCCGCUAUCCUAUCAUUGGGUCCCGAUUCAAAGAGAUGAAGUCGCACUUCAGCCUGUGUAGUCAAUGUUACAGCGAAGGAAAAAUACCUCCUAACGUCAAGCUGGAAGAGUACAGAUUCAAAGAGUAUGCAAGUGAAGCUGAAGCAGUUAAAGACAAGUGCAUGUGGUUUGGUUUGCAUUCUAAAAGCCCCUCCCCUGGUGGUAGCUAGUCAAGUGUAGGUUUUUACAUGAUCUUGUAAUCUUGCGCCUAUAAGUUUAGUUGUUCAGUGUGAAAUAUAUAUAGCUCAUGAUUGUAUAAUAAAUCUUCUCUAGUCAUGGCCCUGAAAUCUUUGUUUGCUGUGGAGUUUUUUUUUGGUUGUCGUUUGUUGCCAUUGUAAUUGUUGAUUGUCUAAUGUCUACUCUUAAGAUAAUUAUUGGGGAUCUUUGUCAAUAAAAUGGAUGAUCAUCCAUGCAGGAGUUUGUUUUUAA